AUGGCGACCUCUUUUGCUUUUCUGGUUCUCUUUGUUAUGAUGAAACUUGUCCAUAUUUCCUGGUGGACACCCAAAAGUAUUGAGAGAAUAUUAAGGAAACAAGGGAUGAGGGGCACUUCAUACCGUCCCUUCAGAGGGGACAAGCCAGAAAUGGAGAAGUCUGUGAAAGACUCAUCUUCUAAACCCAUCGCCCUCAACGCCCAAGUCGUCCCUCGAGUCAUCCCUUUCUAUCACGACAUGGUGAAGCGAUAUGGAAAAGUUUCCGUAUGUUGGUCAGGGAGUAUUCCAAGGUUGAUAAUAGGGGAGGCAGAGUUGAUAAGGUUGAUAUUUGACGAUAAGAAAGGCGGCAUAACGCAGCAACCUCUUAACCCAUUAGUGAAACUCCUCCACAAAGGUUUAGCAACCUUGGGAGGUGAAAAAUGGAGUAAACGCAGAAGACAGAUAACUCCUGCUUUCCACCUUGACAAGUUGAAGGGAAUGGUUCCGGCAUUUUCAAGCAGCUGUUAUGACCUGAUCGAGCGGUGGCAGAAAAAAGUAGAAGCACAAGGGUGGUGUGAAAUUGACGUUGCUCCAGAACUCGAUGCUUUGGCCUGUGAUGCCAUAUCUCGAACAGCCUUUGGAUGUAACUACCAAGAGGGAAAGCAGUUAUUUGAACUCCAGAAAGAACAAGUGUCGCUGGCACAUGAAGCCUAUCAAUCAAUCUAUGUCCCAGGCUUGAGGUUCGUACCCACAAGGAAGAACAAGAGGAGGUACCAAUUAUACGACCAAAUCAAAGGAUUAUUGAGGAACAUGAUACGGCAAAGAGAAGAUGCAACGAAAAGAGGAGAAUUGGGAAGAGGCCUUGAUUUAUUGGGAUUACUAUUGCAGUGCAAAGAACAAAGCAAAAAUAAUGAUCUGACAAUUGAAGACGUGAUGGAAGAAUGCAAAUUGUUCUACUUCGCUGGUCAAGAGACCACCGCCACCCUCCUCACAUGGACUAUGAUCUGCUUAUCUAUGUACCCAGAUUGGCAAGAGAAGGCCAGACAAGAAGUAUUAGAGAUCUGCGGCACAACAAAGCCUAAUUCCGGAACCAUUAGUCGCCUUAAGAUUGUAUCAAUGAUUCUUCAUGAAGUGCUGAGACUGUAUCCUCCUGUACCUAUUUUGUUCAGAUACACAAGACGCGAAACCAAUGUGGGAAGGUUGUUGAUACCAGCAGGGGCUGAGCUUUGCUUAUCGGUGAUGCAUGCUCAUUAUGAUACCAAUUACUGGGGUGAGGAUGCAGACCAGUUCAAGCCAGAGAGAUUCUCUAAAGGAGUUUCAAAAGCCUCAAAGGAUCAAGUGGCUUUUUAUGCAUUUGGUUGGGGUCCAAGAAUAUGCCUGGGCCAAGCCUUUGCUUUGAUUGAAGCAAAGAUAACUGUCGCUACAAUUCUUCAACAUUUCUCAUUUCACCUCUCGCCGUCUUACGCUCAUGCGCCUCACCUUGGCAUUAAUAUAAAGCCCCAGUAUGGUGCUCCUAUCAUUCUGCGUCGUAUCUAA